GUUGCAUCCAGUUCCUCAUGUGAUGUCACAUUUCAUUCCACAGGAACCAGGAUCCUCAUGAACUGGCUGGAUCGGCUUGUACUUACCUGACUUGCAUGAAAGUUAUAACUUUUGGAAACUGGCACCACAGUACAGUACCAUUGUCAAUACAAAAUGAGUACUUUAUCAUGUAGUGUUUUAUAGUUGUCAGCCUAACACGGAGACUCCAGAAGGAUUAAGUCUAGUACAAUGCUCAGAAGAGAGGCAUCUCGGUCUUACCAAGAGUUCAGUGAUGAUAAUGGUGAAGAGCCCUCAGAAGCUUAUCAGAGUUAUGCAGAAGACAAUGAGGCAUCUAAGGCCAACGGAUCUGCUCUGCCUGGUGAUGAUCCCACAGAGAUCAACCCCUUGUUGGGAUUUAACAAGACUUGUCUGAAAAGUUUCUUUUCAGUUAUUCUCAUCCUUAUAUACCUCUCUUUGACAGCGGGGGCAGGGUUUUUAGCCUAUCAAACUAUUUCUGAUUUCCUGGAGAAACUCAACCACCCUGUUAUGUCAGUCAGAUACAAAGAAGUAGAUGCAUUUGAACCCCCAGGUAUUGCUCUCUAUCCUGGAACGGCCAAAUUAGUGAGCUGCGAGCAUCGCUACCAUGACCACAUUCCCCCACGGCUAACUGUUGGGGAAUUUGAAGAGGGCGACUGUGCAAUGGAAGAGGUCAACUACACAGAUCCUUACUCCAAUGACACAAAGAAACAAGCCUUGGUGGUCCAAGGUCCAACUGAUGUCCUGAACCGGGAACUGAUAUUUCUGCAGUUCAGUCAGAAUGGAACUGAGGAGGAUUUUAGUGCCAUCAGUUACAUGCUGUUUGCCAAAUACAGUGAUAUGUCCAGAAGCAUUGACAAGGAAGAGUUUAUGAGAGAAUGUGAAAGAAACUACUCCAUGUGGACCUUCUCUGGAGGAUUUAGGACCUGGGUUAAAAUGUCUUUAGUCAAGACAUCAGGCAGGAGAAAUGAAUCUGUGGAAUUUCGCCAAGAGUCCAGCGUUGUGAAGUACAAUGACAGACGACCAGUUUCAGAACAAACAAAUGAACUUUUCUUUGUCGUGUUCCAGUGGCGGGAUCCAUUUAUACAAGAAGUGAAAGAUUCACAGCAAACCCUUGGAAUUCGUUUGCCAUUCUUUGUGGAGUCUUCAUGGCUCUUUUUAAAGCUGCUAACUUUGCAAAACUCACAAUCCGUUGGAUUAGGAAAAUUCACAGAAGACACCAAAAGAGCAAGAGGAAUAGGGAGCUCAACCAAAUUAGCUGAUAUCUAUUCGUAUCUGAUUGUAUUACCACAUUGUGUACACACUUAGGACUCAAGUCAUCGAUCAGUCAUGAUUAUGCCUAUUUAGUGUGAAUAUUAAUGAAUGAGCCUUGAACCUUGAGCCUUGGAUCUUGCAUUUCAAACCCAGUUUGGCAUUUCCACAGAUGAUGUUAUGCAUUUUUGGAAAAUUUCAUAUUUAUUUCACUAAAUUACCUCACUGCCAAAGACAUGAUAGUUAAUACUUUAGUCCUGCUGACACAAAAAGUAAAAAGAAAUAUCAUUGUUCUUGCAUAGAAGUAUUCAUUAAAAGGGACUACUGUCUGUUUUUGCAAAAAAUAAAUAAUUCCUAAUCUUUGCCUGUUA